AUGAUCAAGGAAAAUUCUAUACCACUUAUACGUAUAUACCAGGCUGAAGAAGGCACUAGCAGAACAUCAGAAGGCGAAGACAAUGACGUCAGCGAGGUGAACGCGGAUUCUUCCCGUGGAUUAUCAGCUGCGACCUCCAGGGAAGAUGAAGAUGACUCCAGCAUCAACGCCAGCAAUGCAAGCAAGAGUCCGGGACAAAGAACUAUGAGUAGUAGUAACAGUGGAUAUAUGUCCGUCGGUUACGGCAUCGAAGAUUGGAAUCCAGCCAAGAGGCACUUCAUCUUCGUUGACGAGCAUGAUUCAGUAUCCAUACCAUUAGGUUCCACCGAUACAGCUCCUAACCACCUACAACCUCCCAAGUGGCAGCAAUUAGAGGCACGAAGCGCACAACUCAAAGCUUAG